AUGAACAGUUGCCAGGACAGAAUUCGGGCAGAAGGAACAAAAGCAGAGCAGCUUCGUCGAAAAGGGGAGGAGGUCACUGGAAAUCUGAGUCAAGUUGAGUCGCAGGUGACUGAAUUGGACCGAAAGUGCAAGUUUCUGGAAGGGAAGCUAAGCGAAUUGCGGAACCUGUCCUACGUGAUAACGGAACGACGCGGAGAGGAGUCGCCUUCGUCCGCGUCAGGAAAUACGCUAGGAAAACCAGGCUUCUAUGCAGGAGGUGGAGCGAAGCUAACAGCAAGUGGCUUGCCGCACGAAAUAAAGGCGAAAAAAGCUCUACCCACAGACAUAGCGGCUAAGAUCGAAAGGAUAACGACCGCAAUAAGCGAUGAACGCGAGAAAUUAGAAGAGACGGAACGUGAGGUAGACGCGAUAAUAUCAAAUAUAUCUAUGGUCUGAUUUUUUUCUCAGGAUUAUUUAAUCUACAUCUAGUAUCAGUAUGUUGGUCCAACUUAUUAUAUAUUUAUUAUAAUAUAAAUAUAUUAUGUAUUUAUAAUAUAGCAUAAUUUGCAAAUGCAAUGCCGAUGGACAACAUACCCAGUAUGUUCGUUUGUUUCAAUCAUGUUGUGCUUGUCAUGCUCGGAUGAGAUUCACCUUGUUUGUUUCCUGUUGAUGCUGUCCGCUGCGAGACCUGGUAGUUGCAGAGUCAUUCUUUGAAUUUGAUACAUGAAGACAUGACUCUUUUCACGAUAUUGAAUUCCGAUUUUCGUUUAUCAUGCUUGUUUUUGAGGUAUGCCCCGAAGCACCGGAAAGUAGUAGCUCGCAAAAGGCGGGGGCUUCCAGAUCAGUUUCCUCAUCAGAGAAGAAAAACCCUGACUCCGAAGCAUCUGCACCCUUCGGCAAGAAAUCCACGGCGACUCGAGCUAAAAACAGCCGCGUAGCUAAGCAGUCAACAGCGUCAGGAGUGGGAAGUGCACCAAAAGGCCGAGGCAGUGGUCUUCCUACGAUAGAUGUGGUUAGAGCUCACUUUGGUGCGGACCAUCCAGCACAUCAAUUCUACGUUCACCUAUUGCCACUUUUGAAAGGAAUAGCUGUCAUGCUCUGGCGAAAGGAUAUGUGGGUGCCUCGCAUCGUGUCAGUUUCGACGGAUUAUCAACGAUUAUGAACAAGUCAACUAUCGUCUUUAUUUUCAUCAUCUUCAAAGCAAACUUGUCUUUAAAUUUGUAGAGGUGGAGGUGCCAUUAGAGCCAUUUGUACAUUCUGAUUCGCUUGCUCUUCGUGAUUGCACUAGUUUUUUAAUUUCUUUAGUAUUAUCAUUAUGCAUUGAACAUCAUCAGAAUAGUCAGAGGCUUAUCGAAUGUAAGAAGGUACUCAGUAAAAAAAUAGAAAAUUCCCGGCAUUGUUCAUACUGGCUGCAGUUCCAUUCGGAAACGAAAGUCGUCGCGGAGAGUUUCAUACGGGUUGCUUCCUUGAAGUCGGUAAACGUGCCUGAUCCAACAUUGCGAUUGUUGCAGGACGUUGCGGCGGGGACCCCGAUUCCGCCAAGCAGGCCAAAGCUCUUUCAAAUCCAUGUCUUGAGGUUCGAUUCGCCACCGCUGCGUCUACAGGUGCCGACUAUCACGACGCUCCAUCUCCUGACACAAGGUUUCAAGAUCAUAUGCGAGACUCCGAAGGAACAACUCGCUUACUACGCUGUGGUCUUGGGCUUGAAGACUACAUAGUCAUAGACGUAGACAAAGAUUACAACCUCUUUUGAUUUAAAGACUCCUGUACUAGAAUUAGAGCAGAACGAGAUCCUCUUCCUCGUUCUUGGGGAAAACAUCUAAAAUAAACGAGAAAUUACACAAUUCACCUGGUGAUCAACGCAUCAUGUCUAUGUCUACCAUCACAUUAUCUAGUUCCGCGCAUGUGUCCUCUGUGUCACAGUCAAAGAUGAGCAACUGAAACUGAAUCUGAACAUCGACAUCCGUCGCUGUCUAACGUCCAAAUUCUACGUAGCACUAGCAUGCUAAAUUUUACAUUGGUUUUCCUGAGUUGUAACAACAACAAGACGAAGACGCAUUAUUCUCUUCAAAGGAAGAAAUACCUCGCUGUGCUGGUGAUGAUAUUUCGGACUUUGUCAGAGGUCGUUGUCCUCUUUCGUUAGUACUACUUCACUUCUUAGGAAUUGAAGUCUGGCAUUGAAAGUCCCGUCGACAGUUUCGGAGUACUGAUCUGGGCAUCCUACCAUACCAGUACUACGCCGUCCUAAAUAAUCGGUAUUAACAGUCCGCG